AUGGACGAUGAUAAUUCAUCUUCAAAUGAAUCUUGCAAGGGAGGUUCAUCAGCUCUUCAGCUAGGACCUCGCAAGAGAGCAUUGAAAUCUGAUCCCUUAGUUUCACACGGGAGGCAUUUUGGCCGGACAGUUUUCGCUCUCUGCAAUUACCCUUCCCUUUUAACUAAUGGUAUAUUACAAUUGGAACAACUGGAGGAUGCAUCUAUAGAAGAUUUUUCUGCUGAAGAGCGGCGAGAGCACCUAGUCUUUGAAAGACUCUUAGACUCAUACCCUGGACUUCUAGAGCGACUGCGAGAAGGCUCAGAGGAAGAAGUUCUUCACGUUGGAGAAUUAAUCGGUAAGGGGGCAUCUGCUGCUCGAGGUGAAGACACCAAGUCGUUGAAACCUGUGGUGAUCAAUUGGAUAGUACCUGCAGGAGAAGUGGUCCUGCCUCCUUUGCCAUGGAAUUCCAAGAUCAGUCAUGGCUUCAACCACCCUCUCACUGGCCGACUACUCUGUCCUGCUGAAUUGGAUUGGAAUGACACAGAGACAAAACAGCAGCUGCAAAGUGGUGAAAUUGCUGUCAGUGGAGACCAAUGGCCUCAUUUCUUGUACGCCAAUGAGACCUAUGAUCCAGACGAUCCUUGGAAUGGCCUCCUUAGAAGCCGCCUGCUUAUCAAUGCAUUCAGGCAUGUGUUUACAUCGCCGAGUUCGGUGGAAAAGGAGCCCAAGGCUACGCGUGCUGGCAAUGCCCGCAUUCAUGGUAUGACUGCCGUCACUAUUCCUUCUGUCGCAUAUAUCGCAACGCAGGUUCGAUUUGCAAUUUAUACAACUGAUUCGGAGACGUUUUAUCACUCUCUUCUUGACCUUUUGGAAGAUCCAGAUGAAAGAGGGGAAGUAACAGAUCUCUUUGUGUGGUGGAAUCGUCAGAUAUUUCCCACUUCAUCAGCAGCUAAACGAACUCUCAAAGCUAACAGUGCUCUCUCUAAGAUUCGCCAAAAGCAUGCAGCUCUCAAAGAUGCAAAUACCAGUGCUUUGUAA